GUAUGGACUUGAUUUUUGAUUUAUCCUAAUUACGGAUGUAUAUGCUUUCAACAAAUCAUCAUCAUCAUCAUUCAUUCACAUACACCAUCAACACCCGAUCAUCCCCCAUCACUCUCACUAGUUCAGCUUCCACUCGAUAGAAAUGGCUGUUUCUCAACUUAUUUCCCAUUUCACCCCUAUUGUUUUGCUAUAUUUACUCUUACACUCCACCUUCAUCUCCGCCGUUAACAUUACCCAUCUCUUAUCCCCUUACCCAGAUCUCUCCGACUUCUCCGACCUUCUAUCCUCCACUACCGUCGCCGCCGAUCUAACCCAACGUACAUCCCUCACUCUCCUCGCCGUCCCCAAUUCCUUCCUCCGAUCUUCCGACCUCAUCCGUCGUUCCCCCUCCUCCACCAACAUCGCGGACGUCAUCCGCUACCAUGUCCUCCUACAAUACCUCUCUGUCCACGACCUCAGCCGCUUUCCUCCCUCCGGAAAACUCAUCACUACUCUCUUCCAAACCACGGGCCGUGCCAGCAACAACUUCGGCUCGGUUAAUAUUACCUACGAUGAUAAAACCGAUACAACCACCGUCCGAUCCCCAGCCGCAUACUCACAAGCACCAAACAACGCCACCGUAAUCUCCCUAAUUAAGAACCUACCGUACAACGUUAGCAUCUUCUCCGUCAAUUCACUAAUCGUACCUUACGGUUUCGAUCUACUCGCAUCGGAGAGUCGACCGCCAUUAGGGCUUAAUAUCAGUAAAGCGUUAAUUGAUGGCCACAACUUCAAUGUGGCGGCGUCAAUGCUCGCUGCAUCUGGUGUCGUUCAGGAAUUCGAAUCUGAUGAAGGCGGUGCGGGAAUUACACUGUUCGUCCCGACCGACGACGCAUUCUCCGAUCUACCAGCGUCGGCGAACUUUCAAUCGUUACCGGCGGAUAAAAAGGCCGACGUCUUAAGGUUUCACGUGCUACAUUCCUACUAUCCGCUCGGGUCGCUUCAAUCGAUAGUGAAUCCUGUUCAACCAACCCUAGCCACCGAGGACAAAGGCGCCGGGAGCUUCACAUUGAACAUUUCUCGGGUUAACGGGUCGGUUGCAAUUAAUACGGGCAUCAUUCAAGCCUCCGUAACACAAACCGUAUUUGAUCAGAAUCCUGUUGCAAUUUUUGGAAUUUCUAGGGUUUUGUUACCAAAGGAGAUUUUCGGGAAAAAUUCCGUGCUGGAAAAAUCCCCUCCCAUUAGCGGCGCUCCGGCACCAGUUAUGCCAAUAAAUUUAUCACCGGAAUUGUUCGGGCCAUCAUCGCCACCGGGGGAAAUGCACUCUUCGGCGACGGUACGGACUGUCAAUUUCGCUGUUUUAUGUAUAGGAUUGUUGUAUGUAUUUGUAUGAAUUUUCUUCCAUUUUGUCAUCUUAUAAAUCAACUACUCUCUAAAUUAUUGGAUGGAAAAGGAGAAAGAAAAAAAGUUUCUUUUUCUUUUCCUCUGCGUUUUUUACAGACAACCUUUUUAAAAAAAGCAGCCAUUUUCAAGAACCAUUGCAAGAUUUCCCCCCUCUUUUUGUUGCUACCUUCUUCUGUUAUUACUUUUCUUCCAUCCCUAUUUACAGACUACAUUCAAGUUCAUGUUGUUGUAAAGAGUUAUUUCUUUGUUUUACAAAAUUUGUUGUUUAUUAAAUGAAAUUGAAAUAACGUUGAAUGAAACAUGCAUUUUAUACAA